CCUCUGCCUGUGAGUCACGCGCCACCUCCUCCCCGUAGGUGCCCCAGGGGCUCACUUCUCGCUCCUGUGUCAGGCAUGAGGACGUUCCUUCUGCUGUGGGGAGCUGCAGUCUCUCUGCGGGGAGGCCGGGUGACUUCGGGGCAAGUGGACACAGGGGAAGCGAUACACGUUCAGAUAAUCUACUUCAAUCUGGAAGUCGUGCACAUCACGUGGAAUUCCAGUGAGUACGCCGGGACCAGCCUGACUUUCUUUUACAGAUUCCAUUCGGAUGAGGCCUAUCGCCAGUGCCCCAAGUACAUUGUGCACCAAGGUCACACUUCGGGGUGCCUCCUAGACGCGGAGCAGAGAGACGACAUUCUCAGUUUCUCCAUCAGGAACGGAACGCACCCCGUUUUCAGCGCGAGUCGCUGGAUCUAUGAGUACCUGAAACCCGCGUCCCCGAAGGCCGUGAGCUUCGAGUGGCAUCAGGACUCAGUCACGGUGACGUGUCCUGACCUGGGGUACAAGGAUCUCCUCUAUGAGGUCCAGCACCAGAGCAUCUUUGACUCCAAGUGGCAGUCCAAAGAAAGAGACACCUGCAACGUCACCAUCGAAGACCUGGACCCCGAGAACUGCUACUCUCUGCGGGUCAGGGUGAAGGCCACACAAGUCGCCUACGGGUCAGACACGUACCCCAGCGACUGGUCGGAGGCGACGCACUGGCGAAGAGGAGAGCGGACGGAUUCCUGCUCGGAGACGCAAAGGGCCCCCAAAGCCAAGCCCCCCAGAUUCACCCUGAUUUCCGGCCUCCUUCUCCUGGUGAUGCUGCCCCUUCUCCUCCUGGGUUUAUGGAGGACACGCAGGCUGAAGAAAUGUGUCAUGCCCACCGUGCCAGACCCCAAGGCCACCUUCCCUGGGCUCUUUGAGAAGCACGAAGGGAACUUCCAGGUACCCGCCCUGUCCCCGCCGCCCCCUUCUCUGUCGGGGCCACAGGCUCACGUCUCCCUCAGUGGCCCUUUCGGAGAAUGACUUCAGGGCCGGGCGAGGAGGCUCAGGCCUGACAACCCGGCACUUAGGGAGGCCCAGGUGGGUGGGUCCGGUGAGGUCAGGAGUUCGAGACCAGUGUGGGCAGAUGGCGAAACCCUGCUCUUUAAAGGAAGAAAAUAAGAAAAUCACGUUAGGUCGCUGCU